AAGCGGUGUUCUGUGGGUGCUGGGCCCAGGCUCUGAUCCGAGUCCUUGACACCUUCCCCCUUGUUUUCUCCUAGAACCGGCACCAGCAGGGCUGGCAGCGGGGCCUGUGGAAAUGGUUUGUCACAAGCUCUGGACCCGACUGACCUAAACGCAGCACGGAUCUCGCCCCCGUGUGCAGAGGCCGCCUCGCAGCCUCGGGAGAGGAGGCCCGGCCGUUGAUGCGUUUGCCGAGGGCGUCGGGGACGCCGUGAAGCAGGAGGCGACCAUGGGUCAGAAGGUCACCGGAGGGAUCAAGACGGUGGACAUGAGGGACCCCACGUACCGGCCCCUGAAGCAGGAGCUCCAGGGCCUGGACUACUGCAAGCCCACCCGCCUGGAGCUGCUGCUGGACAUGCCGCCCGUGUCCUACGAGGUCCAGCUCCUCCACUCGUGGAACAACAACGACCGCUCCCUCAACGUCUUCGUCAAGGAGGACGACAAGCUGAUCUUCCACCGGCAUCCGGUGGCCCAGAGCACGGACGCCAUCAGGGGCAAGGUCGGGUACACGCGGGGGCUGCACGUGUGGCAGAUGCGGCAGCGGGGCACACAGGCCGUGGUGGGGGUGGCGACGGCCGACGCCCCCCUGCACUCUGUCGGCUACACGACCCUCGUGGGGAACAACCACGAGUCCUGGGGCUGGGACUUGGGGCGCAACCGGCUCUACCACGACGGCAAAAACCAGCCCAGCAAGACUUACCCCGCCUUUCUGGAGCCGGACGAGACGUUCAUUGUCCCCGACUCUUUCCUGGUGGCCCUGGACAUGGACGACGGGACCCUGAGCUUCAUUGUGGACGGACAGUACAUGGGCGUGGCUUUUCGGGGACUCAAAGGCAAAAAACUGUAUCCUGUCGUGAGCGCCGUCUGGGGCCACUGUGAGAUCCGCAUGCGCUACUUGAACGGACUCGACCGUAAGUGUCUCCUACACCCUCCCAGGCGGCCCCGCCCCCGGCGUCCUGUGUCUGUGGGAUCCUGGGUGGGCCUGGCCAGGCGUUUGUGCAGUCCUUGGGGUUACAAUGUCUUUCAGUAGACACCCCAGCAUCCUCAGUCCUCAGAGGCGACGCAUGCUUGCCUCUGGUUAAAUGAAAAGUUCUCGCUGGAAUCUGCCGGCCAACCUGGCAGCACCUCGUGGAUGAACGAACAGGUGGUUGGAUAGAUAGAUGGGUGGCAGGUUUGAUGGAUGGAUGGAUGAUGGAUGGAUGGAUGGAUGAGUAAUGAA